UGCCACGGUGCGUACGCGAAAUUUGAUGCUGGGCCAUUGAAAUCCGAUACAGAAAGCUCAGCCUUGGCGAAAAUUGUCAGAUAAUCGAAAUUAACAGAUAUAACGGAAUUAACGCUAGUACUACCCAAUUUAAAACAACCGAAAAUUGCCAGUGAAAUCAGCGAACCAAAGGAAUAAAAGUUCGUACCGUGUGAGUGUGUUAAAAGUUUCCUCUGUGUGUGAGUGUGUGUGCGCGCAAAAAGAAUAGAGAAAGCAAAGCAUCCCGAAGGAGUGGCACACAAAGUGUUUGCAUAACUUAACUCGCCAUAGCCACCCAUUAACUACUUGAUUAAAUGCCCCGAAAUCUCAACAAAGGCGAGGACUGAAGAAAUGGAUAUGCGGGAAGAACAUCCACGGUGUAGUUUUUAGUGUGGCGUCACUGCCAAUUGAGGCGUGGUCGCGCCAAUCCAUUUGGUCAUGGAUUCCGUCCAGACAGCCCAGUGUAUUGUGUGUUCCGUCGUCGUUUGCGUCCUGCUCAUCAUCACGGGGUUCCUCAUAUUCAUCCUAAGUGUGUAUGCCUUUUCCCCCCUUAUGGAUAAGGUGCAGCUCCGUGUUAUAGAGACCAAUGUGACCACCACAGAGAGGGACCCCAUUCACGAUCACGACUAUAGUUGAGCUGGAGGGAAAACUUUCCCUGUACUUGUUCAAUUUUUGAUUAAAGAUUUCUAGAUAUUCACUCUAA